AGUGACAGAUCCGUAAGGUGGUUGUUUACAACACAGAGCAGCUCCUCACAGUGAGGUUGAGCAGUUCAAGCGGUGAAUAGAAGCCAGUGAUCAGCACUAUCACCAGGGACCCCCAGUCAUGAUGGGUAAUCAGAAGGUCUUGAUCAUUUGGGUGUGGAUGUUAUUGUGGGUGUCGCUGUGCCCUUGUGCCCACUGCAAGCGUGGAGGAGGUUUUGGUGGACGGGGCAAGGGAGUGGGUGUGCCAGUCAAAGCGCCUCCUUCCCAGAGCAAAGGCAGGCAGGGCCUGAAGCUGGCAGGUGCUGCAGCCGCGGGGGCUCUCGGUGGAGCGGCCAUCGGCUAUGGGCUGGGCUCUCUGGGCAGACCGAGAUAUGGCUACGGCUAUGAUGGCGCCUCGGAGGAGGGCAGGCGCUACAACCCCGAUGGACCGGGAUACAAUCGCUCAGACUGGCAGAAUUACAGGAAUGCAGGCAGCUCAGAGCACGUGACCAGCGUCCUCAUAAUACUCGGAGCACUUGCACACAUCUUUAUGUGGGGAUGAGUUUCAGGGUUUGAGGCAUUUCUUGUCACAGACAGACAAGAUGCAGAAAGGCUUAAUUUUAAACAAAGGAUGCAAUCAUUUUCACUGAGUGUUCUGAGUGAUCUUAGCAAUAUACUUGGAGAAAUAUGAAAUUUUAGAAAGUUAUGACAUUAGACCACACACACACACACACACACUACAAAAGUAAAUCUUUAAAGUAAUUAUAUUCAGCUUUGGCAUCAGGAAUAAAUACAAAUUUUAAAUAAGACACUUAAUACAACAGAAACAGCUUUAAUUUAAGGGCUAAUAUUCGCAUUCUUUGAAAAUAUUUGAUGCAAACUCUGUGACCUGAAAUAUCAUGGGAUGGACAAAAUAAAAAAAAGUGCUUUUGCUGUUCCUUUCAUUCCGGUGAUAUCAUGUAAUACUCCUCUGUUGGGGUUUGAUGUGUAUUUUGGCAGGUAUUUUAAACCCUGUCACUGU